AUGGCCAGAACCAAGCAGACCGCCCAGAAAUCCACCGGAGGAAAAGCUCAGAGGAAGCAGCUGGCUAACAAAGCCACCUGGAAGAGCGCUCCGGCUACCGGCGAUGUGAAGAAGCCUCACCAUUACAGACCUGGCACCAUGACGUUAAGAGCGAUCCGCCGCUAUCAGAAAUCCACCAACUUGCUGAUCCGCAAGCUGUCUUUCCAGUGCCUGGUGAGAGAAAUCGCUCAGGACUUCAAGACCGACCUCCGCUUCCAGAGCUUUGUUGUGAUGGCUCUGCAGGAGGCCAGCGAGGCUUACCCGGUUGGCAGCUUGCAGAUCAGUAGCUCGGUGGAUUUCUGGUAG